AUGAUCUCAAUCGGCGGCUCGUCUCACUUAAAUCCCGGCUGCUUCAAUAUCGAAUCCGAUCCUCCUCCGGUAAAGAAGAAAAGAAACCUCCCGGGCACCCCAGAUCCUGAAGCUGAGGUAAUAGCACUUUCCCCGAAAACCCUAAUGGCGACCAACCGGUUCCUUUGCGAGAUAUGCGGUAAGGGCUUCCAAAGGGAUCAGAACCUUCAGCUUCACCGGCGAGGCCACAACCUGCCGUGGAAGCUGAAGCAGCGUACGGGGAAAGAGGUUCGAAAGCGCGUUUAUGUUUGCCCGGAGAAAACGUGCGUUCACCACCAUGCGUCGAGGGCGCUCGGAGACUUGACCGGAAUCAAGAAGCAUUAUUGCAGGAAGCACGGUGAGAAGAAGUGGAAGUGCGAGAAGUGUUCGAAGCGCUAUGCGGUGCCUUCCGACUGGAAAGCGCACUCGAAGACGUGCGGGACCCGCGAGUACAGGUGUGAUUGUGGAACCAUCUUCUCAAGGAGAGAUAGCUUCAUCACCCAUCGAGCAUUCUGCGACGCCUUAGCCGAGGAGACAGCGCGAUUCACGGCCGCAUCACACAUGAACAACACCCACUAUAAUCAUCCACCUAUCCUCAGCCACCAAUUUCUUGCGGGCCCGUCUCUAGAUGUUCAGCACGUAAACGGUCCAAACUUUCCUCCAAACAUCGACCCGAUAAUCCCCACCGGUGGACGGAGCCUACCCCUAUGGCUAGCCCAAGAACCCAUGUCCAAAAAUGUCCAAGAUAUUAAUCCAAUGGGAUUAAUAAUCCCCAUAAACACCACUCCACUCAACAACUUUGCCACCACUAAUAAUAAUAGUACUAAUCCAGUUAACAAUUCUAUCAUCAAUUGGGAUCAGUUUGGUAACAAUUCUAUCAAUUGCCCUUUAGAUAUCCCUCUCAUUACCAAUGAGAAAGAACUCAGUGUCCCAUCUCUGUACAGUACUGAUCAAAACCAACUACUUCACCAAAAGCCGAUGGCAAGCCUAUCCGCAACGGCCUUACUGCAAAAAGCCGCUCAACUUGGCGAAAUUUCGUCGUCUGAUGGGAAUAAGUUCUGUGGGAUUUACAGCUCGAACUCGGGCACGAGUGGGCUUGCAAGCGACGUGGAGGGUUCGGUAAACGACUCCCUUGGCCGAAUGGCCAAGCGUCGCCGGCUAGGGAACAACGAUCAUGAGAUGUUGACACGUGGCGAAACGAGGGACUUUCUUGGAGUUGGGAUGUGCCAUCCAUCGUCGAUCAACGGGUGGAUGUGA